AUGGCCGCUUCUAGCUCCUCGUUCCUCGCCGCAAAGAGCUUGGCCUGGGCCAGCGGCUCCCUCGCUGCUGCUGGUCGAGCUAGGCCCGCACUGCGCCCUUCGAACCAGGUCGAUGUUCUUCAGAUCUUCGUGCCCGGCCUGAGACCUCCCGCUUCAGGAUUCUCGACGGCCAUCACAAAGCACUACCACCAAAGACGCAAGGUCGAAGAGACGCAGGCGCUGGUUCGGCGCAGGUUCGUCCGCUACCAGUCGACAGAGACACAACAGCGCUCGACCACCUCGUCUUCCUCCAACAACCACUCCUACCCGCCUCCUGGCACAUUAGCCAAAGAUGCCAAUGCUGGCGCUUCUUCGAGCUACCAGGGCCAGUCAGCCGGUGCUCCUCCCAAGGCACCCACGGCCACCGUUAGCCCGCUUCCUGCCUCGUCCGACACGGCAGCCGAGCUUGGCUCACCCGCCAACCAGACCGCUGCCUCCCAGACCAUGCUCGCGGAGCAAAAGGAGAAGGAAAAGGCACUAGAAGCUCAAAAGCCCAAAGGUCCACUCGCCACACGCGUCUGGGCCAAGGUCAAGGAGGAGGCGCUCCACUACUGGCAUGGCUCUAAAUUGCUCGCCAAAGAAGUCAAGAUCUCGUGGCGUCUCCUCCGAAGACUCAUGCUUGGCUACAGCUUGACACGUAGGGAAAAGCGUCAGCUCAAGCGCACGUUUGCCGACCUUUUGCGUCUGAUCCCCUUUAUCCCCUUCAUCGUUGUCCCUGCCGGCGAACUCUUGCUGCCCGUAGCCAUCAAGAUUUUCCCCAACAUGCUUCCAAGCACGUUUGAGAGCAAGUUCUCCGUCGAGGAGAAGCGCAGAGGUCUCAUCAAAGUGCGUCUAGAGAUGGCAAAAUUCUUGCAAGAGACGAUCAAGGAAGGUGGUCUGCAGGCAACCGACAAGGUCAAGACCUCGGAAGAGUUCAAGGAGUUCUUCCGCAAGGUGCGCUCCACCGGCGAGUCGCCUAGCAAUGAGGACAUCAUCAAGGUGGCACAGCUGUUUGAGAACGAUCUCACCCUCGACAAUCUCACGCGUCCUCAGCUGGUCAGUGUCUGCCGCUACAUGCAGAUCCACGCGUUUGGUACCGACAAUUACCUGCGCUACCAGAUUCGACACAAGCUCAACCGCAUCCGCCAGGACGAUAUCGUGAUUGGUCAUGAGGGGGUGGACAACUUGUCACAGGCCGAGCUGGUCAGCGCGUGCCAGAACCGAGGCAUUCAGACCACCAACCUUUCGGAGGAUCGACUGCGCCAGGAGCUGCAGCAGUGGAUCGACCUGCACGUUCGCAACAAGAUCAGCGGUACGCUGCUCGUGCUGAGCAAAGCCUUCAACUACGUUGCUGCCGGCGACAACGACAGCAAUGCCCAGUCGCAUCUGCGCAGUCUUGAACUGACGCUGAGCAGCUUGCCCGACAACCUCGUCAACGAGGCCGAGCUCAGCGUCAACAGCGAAGGCGCCACCAACAAGCAGCGUCUCGAAGUGCUCCAGCAGCAAGAGGAGCUUAUUGAGGAUGAGGCCGAGCAGGAGCAGGAGGAAGCGGCUGCGCGCGAGGCGGACAAGGAGCGACGUAACGCUGAAAAGGCGAGACUGGCGCAGGAGGAGGAAGAGGCGCGAUCUCUGUUGCCCAAGAAGGAGACCGAUCCUGCUCUAGAGGAUGCGCGGAUGACCAACGAGCAGCUUACCGAAUUGGGAGAGGCGCUCAGCAUUCUCAGUGCAAAGUCGUCGGUGCUCAAGGAGAGAGAGGAGCUGCGACAGCUGAUUCAGGAGGUCAGCACUUCCGAGGGAGCCCCGGAGGACGGGGCCCCUGCCGCUCCCGCCGCCGCUUCUACCUCCGGCGAGUCUUUGUCCUCUUCUGCUGACGCUGAAAAGUCCGAGUCGAGCUCGUCAUCGAGUGCGUCUUCGACACGCAGCAGCAUGAGCAAGCGCAUCAAGUCGAUGCUCGAAAAGAUCGACAACCAGCUCGAGGAGUACGACCGCGACGUGGGUUCGCGCAUGCAUCUCAUCGAGGCCUCGCACACGGGCAAGAUCUCGGUCGACGACUUGGAACAGGCGCUGCGACUCAUCAAGCACAAGCCAGAGGACGAAGUGAUCGAGAAGAUCGUCGACAAGCUCGAUGUGGAUCACGACGGCUUGGUGCCGUUGGACGAUGUGUUGGAGCUGGCGAGGGCCGAGACUGGGUUGGGUAUCUUGAGGGAUGAGGGGGUCAAGGAGAUCCAGGCGCAGGGAAAGGAGAUCAGGAAGGGCGACCAGCUCAAGCCUAAGAAGAGUGAUAUCGUUGAAGAAUGA